AUGCGUUUCGCCGCCGCCUUUGCACUCCUCUCGGCUGCCAGCCUUGCCGCUGCGCAAACCACGACCGCCGCGGGCUCCUCGCCGACGGGCAGCUCGUCCGAGUGCCAGGCCCAGAACAUUGUCGACGCGUGCCGCGCGGGCAUUGAAACGCAGAUUGAAAAAUGCGAGGGGACCGAUUGGAUCUGCCUGUGUGAUAACUACAGCAAUCUCUUGACGUGCUACAACAACUGCCCGGAUUCGAAUGAGAGGCCACCGGUGCAGAAUCAGGUUACGCAGUACUGCAAUGCUGCGGCUCCUCUAAGCUCCGCCUCCCUUGCCUCCGCAAAGUCAGCCAUGAAGACUGCGCCCGUCGUAUCUUCUACUGCCACCCAGGCCUCCGCGACCGGAUCGAGCACAGCGACGGGCACCGGAGCCGCUGCCUCAUCAUUCAACACUGGUGCCGCGAGUGCCAUCAUUGCGCCGACUCGGGGAGCACUUCGACCUCGGAUGUUCUGUCCCGUCCGACUCCGAGCGGUGCAGGGAAGAGUUCCACGGAAGAACUCCCGCGAGGAUUCGUCCACAAGCAGCCGAACACAUCCUCAGACCGAGUUCGUGGUGUGCGCAAUAAUGGCACCAGCCAGAAUGGCUAAUACUAGUCUGGCCGUGUUCCGCCGCAGCGUGCGAAAAAUGCUUCGUGAAAGCGUGCGGUCGAUCCACGGUGCAGAGCGCGCCGAGCUGCCGAACGCCAUGCCAUCAUCACUGGGGCCCUCCGCAUUUCCCAACCCAUCCUUCGCCAAUGACAGCAGCCGCUGCCAUGCUCCGGCCCAACGCCAAAGGGCUCCGGCGGCUGCAACCCUCCACGUCGUUUCGCUGCUCUGGCCGGACUCGCCGCGUCGCGCACCAUUUUUGCGGCAAUAUUCUGGGGUUCGCCCUCCGGGACCCUUGAUUGCGCCCAGAUUGACGCCCCGCUGUGCCGUCUCAAGGCCCUAG